AUGGCCGCUUUGGCUAUAACAAGAGCCCACCAUGAGGAAAACGACUCCAUCGAAAAUGGCAAUAACCUUUUUGUGGUCAAGAUGGCGGUAUCUUACAACAAAGCAAAAGUUCCUGUUAUUGUUCUUGAUAGCGAUUCCGAAGAAGAACGAAUUAUUCAAUAUGAUUCUACUUUACCUGCCCAGCCAAAACUGCUUAUAAAAAAAGAAGUAUCCAAAGAGAAAGCCAACAGUAAGAAAAAUGUGGAAGAAUUGGACACUAACAACAAAUGUCUUGAAAAGUUCAUUGCAGCCUGUACUCCCUUCAUGAAUGAAAGUAAAGAGUUACAGAUCUUACAAAAUCUGAAGCAUCUCACUAAACAUGUUAGGACAGACUACUUGCAGUCUUCUGAAUUUCUAAACUUUAUUGUCUUACAAACUAAGAAGAUUCAAACUGACAAAAAAGAUGUUUUUGUAAGGAUAAAAGAAGUGUUUGAGGAGCUAAAGGCUUACAAAUUCAAAAAAUCUGUAAAGAAACAAGAUGAACAACAACUCUCAUCUAGUUCCCAUGGCAACAUCCAGAAUCCUUCCCAUACCAGGGUACAGGAAAUAUCUAGAAUUGUAGAUACAAAUUCUGACUCUUCUGAUACAAAAUUAAGUGAGGUGUCUGCUACAGGCUCAAAAGAAAAGGAAAGGCGAAAAGAAAAACAUGUGAGGAAACUAGAAAAACUGUUAGAGAAACUACACAGAAAGAUUAAGAAACUUCAAGAAAAAGAGCUUAGUAUAGAUGAUCUUGAUGAUGAUAACUCUGCAUACAUAGAGGAGGAAAGAUUCAAGAAACGAACCAUGAAAGUCUGGAACAAGUUGUGUGAACUGAAAGGAAGAGCAUAUGACACUGGCCGGCAGACCCAGAGAAAAUUCCAUUAUAAUGGAUCCCGCUAUGAAGAAAUAAACAGAAACAUAGAAAAAUUUAUCAAUAGGAAGAAGCUUUUUCCAGAUUACCAUGAUAUUCUUGGUAUUGUAAAGGAAGUAAACAAGGAAGAUCCUGGACUCAGGUUUUUAUCAUCUCAAAUGGACACCUUAGCUCGGGAGAUAUUUCAAGAUGUAGGUAAAGAACUCAAGAAACGUCGUUGCCUUGAUGAUUUGGAUCUUAUAAACAGUUAUGGUGAUGUGGCUGAUGAUCCAGCAGAUUUAGAUAAUGACCUCCGUUCAAAGUUAGAAGAAAGCUCAAAUAUUUGCCAGAAAAAAAUUGAUGAAAUAAUUGACAAGUAUGCUCAGGAGCAGACUGAAAUGAAACUGCAACCAGAAGAAGUUCCUGAUGAUGUAAAUGAUGAUGUUGAUGUGUUGAUAUCUGAAAGUAAAGAUGAAGAAGAAGAUGAGGAGGAGGAAGAAGAUCAAGAUGAAGAUUUAGAAGCAAUUGAAAAAACUGUGGAAAGUGAAGAGGAUGAAGACUUAGAAACCAUGGAUUUCUCCUGUAAUGCCUAUCAGAAAAAGACACUCUCCAAGGACCUUCAUGAUCCUAUUGGAUCCAAUAAUGAAGAGAACUCAGCAUCUGAUAAGCAUGCAGGAAAUGUCUUAACAAGCCUUAACCUAAUCCCUUCUAAAUCUCCAAUCAUUCCAUGUGCUAGUAGUGAUAAAAAUGGUUCAUUCCCUUACUUUGAUUUGGAAGUGGAUUGUGAGGAUGGUGACAUAGUUGAUGAAAACACAGAAGGGAAGAUCCUUACUCCAUCUGUUGAAAUGAUAGAGCAUAAGAGAAAAGCAGAUGAUUUAUGCAAAAAUGCAAAUGUGAAACGAAUGUGCACUAAAAAUAUUAAAACCAACAGCUAGCCCAUCUUCGUACUUUUUAGUUUCAACGAAUGUUUCAUAGGUACAAACCACUUGUGAGAAAAUGGUAAGAAUUAUAUUUUGCUCAAACAAGACAUUUCAUCAAAUGAAAGAGUAUAUUUCUAUGAACUGCUGUCAUCUUUUGUAUACUGUGUAUAAUUCUCAUUGUGCAAAACACAUUGAAAGUAGGUCAGGUAAAACAUUAUUGCUAUAUUUCUUGUUGCAACUCUUCAAUAAUUCCCAUUCUUAAGCUUAUUGAUACUGAGCAGAAUAAGAAUUAAAAAUUAUUUAAUGAAAUAGACUACAUUCUACAGUACUGUUAUUUUAGUGACCCGUGUUCAUUUUAAUAACUUCAAAACUAACAAGUAUUAUUUCAGCAAACAGAUAAGUAUGUUUAAGGUUAAUAACCUAUAUUGAAGGUAUCUUCAAAAGUUCAGUUACAUUGAUGAUUGGAGGAAGUAUUUCUUGUAGGGCUAAUUUUAUUGUACUUAAGAAGCUGUUUCUAUAAAAGUUGACUUAAGUCUGUUAAGUUCAAUUAGCAUACUGUGUUUGCAGUUUCUGGUUUUAGGUAUAGAGUAUGAUACUUGGUGUCAGAAAACUAUUUUAUGAAAAUGUGGGAUCAAAGAACACAAAAAAUGUAUUGGUUUCAAGGGUAUUUGCAGAUAGAUUUUUAAUCUUCAGCAUUAAUCUUUUAGUCACUUGGUAAAAUUAUUUACAACAUAAUUUGAAUAAAAAGACAUUUAAUUUUGUUUAAGUUCUAUGCCAGGGGUUUUUACUAGUUUUGUGCUUCAGUUUUGUUCACUGGAAAAAGAGUUUGACAAGGUGACAUUGUGAAGGGAAAUAUUAUCUUAGAACUAAGUAGUGAUAUUUUAUGAGGUUUAACAUAAAAUGUCUACAAAUUGGCAUUCCAGUGUGGCAUACUGGUCUUAGUAUGCAUUAUAUCCAAUUAUGUAUGUAACUUAAAAGAAAUAGCUUUAAACAAAUUUUCCAGACAUUAUAGUCAUCAGCUUAACUUGUAAACACAAAUGCAUACUGCUAAAGACCCUUUGUAGAAAAAACAAAAAAAAUCAUGUACUCAUUAUACCUUUUUUUUCUUUCUUGUAAAUUUUUUUAUCUGUUUGAAUGCAACUGUCAAACCACCAAAUGAAGUAACAUUCUUAUCACUUCAGAUGUAAACAGUAUCAUGGAAAAUGUGACUAUGAUCGGGUCUUAACAAACUUUGUGUGUGUAUGUAAUUUACAUUGCAAUUGAUUUUCUAAGGUAUUGUGUUACAACAUGGUCUUUAUUUAUAGUGUUAUGGAAUUCUGUAUCUCGUACGUUAAACUAUCAGAAAUUUUCAAAUCACGUUUUUAAUUUUAUGGUAAGAAAAAUAUAUUUUAACUAAAAAAAAUAGAUUUGUGUACUAUUAUGUCUAAUGUAAGGUGAAUUAUAAUUUUUAAAUUUCAUUUGCUUUCUUCUAUCAGGCAAAUCAAAUGAAAUGGUUUAAAAGGAUCAAUGAUAUGUAUAAUAAUGGCUGGAGACGGCUUGAAUGGGUAAUGAAGAAAAACUUUAAUAUAAGUUUAACAUAACAGCAAAUGUACAAUGAUUCGACAAGGUUUUGAUGAUGACAAAA